AUGUAGUAAGAAGUCGAUCCGGAAUUCACAUUCUCAGGAGUAAUUAAUAAAGAAAGUAAAAAAAUUUAUGAUGGUCUCAUGAAGAUUAAGCGCAAUGAUGUUUUCAUUUGCUUCUUAUUUAUAGCCUUUUUAUAUAUGCGUAACUAAUAAAGUAGAUUUCCUUUCAAUCGGCAGGACCAAUUCUCAUCAUUUCACUUUGCAAGUAGACAAAAUUAAAACCAAUUAACCCAUGAUAAUCGAAAGAAUUGAUCUUGAAGCCUUUAAAUAAGCCCUAUCAGUAUCAUCAUAUAUAUUAUAGUUUUAAGCUGCUUAGAAUGGACAUGCAAUAUCAGAUCUCCUUUCUCAAUUAUCAACUCAGUAUCAAAACCUAAAUUGAAGAGAAUACAUAAAUGAAUACCUAUUCUUGCAAAUCUAAUUGUAAAAUACCCAUUUUGGUUAAUUGUGAUAAGGAAUAAGUCAAAAUGUUAUUGAAUCUGCAAAUCCAAAAUACUUUGGUACAUUUGGAAUUUCAGGAUUGUGAUUCAUUUAGACUGAUUUCUUAGUAAUAUAAAGCAUUGAAAUUGCAUAGAAUCUAAUUUGAAAUUAUUCCAGAAUAGACUUAAUUGAGACUAUAAACAUACUUUGAAACUGAUUAUAAUAUGAUAAUGAAGUAUCAUUUCAACAACUUCAAGAUCUUAGAUAAAAAUAUCACAGAAAAAGAAAAAUUUACAUACAACAGUGAUGAAUUUGUAGAUUCCAUAUCAAUGUUAGACAAGGAUAGUACACUUACAUUUCUUCUGACUAAUAAUGGCACCUUAUUAAUUGGAGUUUUGGGUGGAUAAGUAUACUCAACAAAAUCACUCCUGUCAAGAAUAAUUGUUCAUGAUGAUUAUUGA